CAUUUUCGGCACAAAAAAAGGGAAAGUGUAGAACCAAAACCCAAACCAAACCGACCAACAUUCGUUAAACCCUAGCUUUUUGUCUCUAUAUAUACUUCCAAGAACCCUAACCCCUCUUUUAAUAAAUCAUGAUCGCAACAAUGGAACUCUGCACUGCUCGAGGCGUUUCUAACCUUCCUUUAAUCCCUCCGCCGAAGAUUCUUCCUCCCAAUUUUCAAUUUCAAUCCUUCAAUUGCAGAAACCAGUCGCCUUUCGCUCUCAAUCAACUUCGCUCCAGCUCUGGAUUGAGACAAAGCAUCGAUUUAUCUUUGAGGUCAUCGACAUCUGAUGGAACAUCUACAGAGACAACUCCGUAUGAGAAAAUUAAUUUAAAUGAAGCUGAUUCUGUGAUUGAUGUGGAAAACACGCGCCCCAAUGAAACGAAUCAAAAUUACGAUAUUCAGCUGAAUGAUUCGCCGCAAGAAGGUUCUUUAGUUGACGAUCCCCUUCAAUUGUUGAAGUUUUUGGAGGAUCUUGAUAUAAAGUUUGAUUAUGAAGAUACAUAUUCAGUUCUCGUGUUUGGUGGUGGCGCUGCACUUGCACUUUGGUUAUCUGCAGCUGUUGUUGGUGCCGUUGAUUCUAUCCCAGUGCUCCCAAAAGUUUUGGAACUUAUUGGUCUUGGAUACACAAUCUGGUUCAGCUCUCGGUAUCUAAUUUUUAAGGAAAAUAGAGAUGAGUUGUUUGCGAGAGUUGAACAGAUUAAACAGCAGGUUCUUGGUUCAAAGGAUGACUAAUGACUGAAGAUCUAUAAUUUGCUCUCUCUUUUUUUCCCUCGUUCAAUAAAUUGUUUUUCGCCUUAGGCCAUUUUAUUUGAUUCGAUAAAUGAUAGUAUCUUUGUGUAAAGAAUAUAAGUUUAUGCAUGCAAUCUGUGAUUGUAAACUUGCUGUGAACUCAGUUUGUUUAAAACUGAAAUAGAAUGUGCAUGUCACAGUUUAGGGUAAAUUACAAUCAUACCUGAUGUAUUGUUAAAUUACGAAAAAAUUGCUCUUGUUUAGGUAA